AUGGACUACGUAGAAUUUGAAAAAGAUCUUAUUGCAGUUCUACUUGUUGUUCAAAGUGUUCAUGACAAAAACAGACUUCUAUAUAAAUACGAACAAAUAAAUACUGAUAAACGAGAGCCUGAACCCGUUAGUUUUCAUACUUAUUAUUCAAUUGUUAUUGCAAAAGAUUUUGAUCCACCGAGUUCGAAAGAUGAAGAUGCACCUCGAAAAACAUUUCGAAAUUUUGAUGAUACAACACUUUCAAUUUUAACUAGUCCAAAUUCAUAUGGAACUCAUGUUGAAGUACAAGUUGAUGAUGUUGUUUUUGUUGGUCAUACACUUAGUUUGGAAAAUAAUACAAAUCUAAAAUCAUUUGCUGCUAUUGCUAAACCAUCUGUUAUAUUAUCUUAUCAAGAAAUGAGUAAACGUAUUGGUACAGCUAUACGUUGUGAAGAACAACGAGCUAAUUAUUUAAAUGAAGAGUAUGCAAAAUUAUUAGCUGUUCUUCAACAAUAUGACAUUGAUGCAGCUGAUCCAUUAAAUCGCAAAAAUGAAGAAGGUAAAGCAAAAGAAACCAUAGAAAAACUUUACGUGACGAUGGUUCAACAAAGUCCUCUAGCAGCUACAUUAAAACAAAUAUAUACUGAUUUACAAGCAUCGGGUGAAAUAAAUAUUAUAAUUAAUAAUUGGUUAAAUGUUUCUUGUUGUUUACCACAUCGUUCUAUUGCUUUAAAUUGUCCAUUAGCUAUUGAUUUUGCUUUUAAAGUUCUUUCAAAUUCUGAACAAUAUCUUAAACCCUAUUAUGGUUUAUUGCUUGUAAUUGAUCCAUCAGCUUUGCUUAAUUCACUACCAGCGGAUGCUUCAUCUACAUUAACUACACUUGUUCGACAUCUUCGUUCAUCUUAUUCAAUGUCUCGUUUAUCGAUUGAAACCGGUGUACCACUAUCUCAAAUUUAUAGUCUUGCAUCUCAUUUAUUGUAUUGGGGUCGAGCAAAAAUUAUGUAUCCUAUUAAUGAUGAAAAUAUAUACAUAAUCUCACCCGAUGCUGAUAUAUCAAAACAAGGAUCUCUAUCAAAACUUUAUAGAGAAACAUUUCAGAAUACAUCAAACUAUCCAACUUUACAAGAAGCAUUAGCGGAAUAUUCUGAUGCAGUUACAUUCUAUGAUCAUUUAGUACGUAAUGAUAAUGAAUCUGAAUUACAAGGACGUUUUCAAUGUGUUGAAUGGUUACUUCGUCAUCGUCUUCUUACACAACUUCAUUAUUAUUAUUAUCUUCUUUUACCAAAUGAUGAUCGAAAUGAUUUUACAAAUGAAUAUAAACUAACACGUUUACCUCGAACACGUACACCACUUGUGAGACUUUUGUCUGAAUUACCAACAUUAUCUUCAUCUCCAAUGACAAAUCCAUUAUCAUAUUCAUCUAUUCAUAAUUCCAGAUCAACAGACACAUUAAAAACAAUGACAGGCACUAGUCAUGAUGAUGUAUUUGUUGCAGGAUCAGUAAAUAGUAGUGUUGUAACAGGACGUGGUAGUCGACAAAUAUUACAUUAUCUUCCACAUAUAACACAAGCAUUACCGAAUGAAUCAACCGAAUAUCACCGUCGACUUGCAUUCGCUAUUAAGGAUGCAAAAGAACAAGAAGUUACUGAUUUUCUUCGAAUUAUAAAAUAUCUUGAUGGAACUUAUCAUCUUGAAGAAAUAGCGUCACUUGAAAAUAUGACACGUUUACGAGUAUCAACAAUCCUAGAAAAAUUUCAAACAAUUGUUAUUCGUGCUCUUCAUUGUGAUCCAAAUCCAAUUUUACAGAUAUAA